AUGCCGCCUCCUUCUGCACCCACCCAACAUCCAUCAAAUUCCAGCACCGCCGACGCCAGCACGAAGUCCAUGAGCUACCUGCACGAGCGCACUGCUGCUUGGGCGGAGAGAUGGAUUCCGUCUAUCUUCAUGGGCGCUGGCUACCAUAACUACAACGACUGGAUGGAGUGGUGCGUCCCGUACGCGACAGCGGUUCUGCGCAGACCGCAAUUCGACGCCAAUUUCUGCAUUGACGACUUCACCGGCAACCUGAACGCCCGCCGUGACAUGGCGGUGGACAUAUGCGAGUCUGCGUGGCAGCGUUCGGAAUGCUCUCGCGAUCGUCGUCUGCAUGUCAUUUCUGAUCCAGAACCAUCAGCUGUUGUGCAGCGCGAUCUUGAAGAAGAAGCUGCGGAACACCGAACACGCAGGCGCUGGCUCGAACGUGAGGGUCCCUCGCGUGAUGAAGACCGCUGGCUUCCUGACGAUGUGAGUGGGGACCAAGCUCAUGUCCUACGGCACGAACUCUUCGGCCUUGACGAAUGGCAGGAAUCGUUGGCUGCGGGGUGGAGUAUCCUUCGUGGUCAUCUUGCUCGCUCCCCGCCUACGUUGCUGUGGCCUGCCCUCAAGACGCUGGCUGGCGCCUGCACCACAAGCCACCGCAUGCACGUGUACCCGAUCAAGCUCCCCUGCCUGUAUGGCUGUUCGUUGAAGGAGAGUGCCCACAACAUCGACGACAUCAGCCACUAG